UCUACUCCUGGAUUUCACAGCUGGUCUAUGCCUGUGUCUGUGCCUGGUCUGUGCUAAACCGUUCGCGCCAAAGGACAUUCUGUGAGGUGCAUAAUUGUAUCUAGUCUGUGUUCCAGAGAUGAAGCAAGUGAUAGUUCUCGGUUGACCAGUCUCAGCGGUUUACUUGUCGGCUUGCAAGUUUCUCCGGCCAGGAAAGGAAAUGACGGACUUGCGCUUGUUCAGUUUGUUUCUGUUGGUAUGGAAUUUCGUAGUGUAUCAAAGUUCGGCUUCGUGUUCAAUCAUAGGAACGCGCCAGACAGAAAUAGAUUCCAGUGAUGUGUUAUUCACUAAAGUGGACUUUGCGUCGGAUACACAGUCUCUGUACAAGCCUGUUGGCAAACCAGCAGAAAUCAUCAAUUUCACCUUCGAUCUUGGAUCAUGCCGGCUUUACCGUCUGAAAUUCUAUCUUGGAAGUAGGGGCAAUUGCCAAGUCAAUGUAUCUUUCCACCGCUUGAAAAAGCAAGGUAUCGAGUCUGAAGAUAGUAACUUUUUCAAGUCUAAACUCCAUCUACGCUGCAGUUCCAAUUGCACCGAGAAGACCGUUGCAGUAAAUGGAAGCGGUGUACUCGCAGCUCAAGGUGAUAUAUUGAUCGUGAAAGUAUACCAGAGCGAUACAGAGUCGAAUGAGCAAUCACAGCCGUGCGAAGUCCAGUAUGUUUAUAACCACAACAGCGCAAUGAAGUUGAACAUCUCCCUUCUAGCCGCAGGCAUUCGCUCAAGCGCGCCGCUAAGUCCUUUUCCAAUAUACAGUCCUGAGGUAGCAGACGCAUCAGAUGCAAGUCACGAUACCAAUGUCAAUGGAGCACAGAUCUCGGAUGCAGUUAUGACUUCCAGCGCUGCUCUGCUCGGAACAACAGAUGGCCCCAGCACUGUCCUAGCCAACACUAGCACUGGCAAGCAGUCCUCCACCUCCACAACUCUCAUGGCAGUGGUUGGCUUCGUUGUUGGCUUUGCCAUUUUCAUCGCCAUAAUCAUCAGUGUGAUUCUUGUACGGCGCCACCAGGGAAAGAAACCCCCGCGCCUGCAAGCGAACACGUUCACAGCGGAAUCGGCUAGAAACACCGCAGUGAAGCACAUGCCAGUGGCCGCGCCUGCACACAAUUCUGAUCACAGUCCUGCAAAAAAUGGUACGGAUCAGUAUGAAGUCAUUGAGUACUAUACAGCAGAGUAUUGUACUGUCGGAGAGGAGAGCCACCAUGCAGGUGACGUCACCACAGCCAGGAGCGGAAGAGAUCGGGAUGGAGCUGCUAAUCUGUACGAAUACAAUCACCUCUCGUCUGCGGGCUCCUCUACAACCUCUUUGCCCAUUAGCGGAGCGGGAAAGAGCCGUACACGCACUCUGUCCACCCUUACCGAUCUACAGGGGUAUGAACUACCUAUAGAAUUCAGGAAUGGGCGACAAGAUAUACAGACCAAUUCGGAGGCAAUUGUUGGACCGGAUUUUGACUAUGCUUGCCCAAUCGACGCUGUGAGCGAACUUCCCCCCACGCUGCCACAACCCAAACACGAUGCAUUGUACUACGAAUUGGAAACCAUCAAUGACCGAUAAUAUCCAGCCGCUAUACAAUGUCAUAUUGAACUGCAUCGGUGUUAAUCCAAACGUAUCAUAGCCGUAUAUUAGCCAUAGAUAGAAUAUAAAUUUAUGAUAUUGAAGACAAAGUACAUAUCAAUCAUAUCUUCUGAAAAUUGUAGUCAAGUUGCUGUCUGAUGAUCAGUUAAAACCGUGAAACUCAGAGUUACAGCGGACACGCUUUCGAUCCUCUCAAUUGUGUGUAUUGAAUACUAUACGGCAGAGUAUUGUACUGUGUAGAUUAUUCCCGAGCAGUAUCUACAAUACGUUUGACUUUUGAUCGUUGAAGUUUUGAAUAGCACAAGA